AUGGCAUCUUCUUCACCUCAACAAAAAUCACAAUCAAUAACGGAAUCACCUCAACAGCAACUCUUGCAAGCUGCUGAUUCUUCAACUAAACCAUCAGUUCCUUCUCCUACCUCCUCAAUAUCACAGCAACAACCACAACAUUUAACUCUUGAAACAAGUAGCCUUGCCACUCCAAAAUUUAAUUCUUCAAGCACGUCUUCAUUUUAUUCUGAUUCAGAAACAGAGUCAUUAGAAACAGAUUCUGAUGCUUAUUUUACAAACGAUGAACUUCCACCGUCCUCGUUUACCUUUUCUUCUUCCGUAAAACGCCGACCUUCUUUUCCGAGAUCUCCUACUACCAUUAGAUUCUUCCCAGAUUUAUCAAUUGACGCUCAAGAAAAUCAUUUAAGUGACUUAUAUAUAAUCGAUGAAAGUUCACCUGAAUUUGCUUUUCCAAAAGUUAAAAGAAAACUUUUAAAAGAUCUUGAAGAGGCAAAACGUAGAGCAGAUCAAGCUAUCACAGUUCUAUUGCGACAUUGGUACCAAUCACAUAGAUAUCAAGAAUUAUUAAGUGAAUUAUCGUAUGAUGGUUGGAGUGAUGACGAGGAUAAACAACCACUUGUUGUAAUUCGUAGAAAUAAUAGUCAAAGAACAUUAAAAUCUGUAUCAUUACAUGGGGAUAUUACAAGCCCAAAGAAGAUAUCGAUUAAAAAGAAACGCACAGAACGCAGAUUUAUUCAUUCAAAUAGUUGGCCACCUUGUGUUUUGGCCUCCUCUCAUACUAUAUUAUUGACACGUAUCGAUCGUAUUGCUAAGAGGAUACUUAAGACUGCUAUACAUGAUUUAGUACAUUAUAAUGUUGCCGUGGAAAUUAUGAAGGAGCUUCAAGAACUUAUGGAAACUCAGAAAAAAAUGCCUGUCGGUAAUGCUGAUGCUGAAGAAUUAUUAACGAGACUUGUAUACACUUUUGCUGACGUUGCUAGAGCUGUUGAUGCAGUGAAUCAAUCAUACGCUGAAACAAAUGGUGAUUUAUCGUUAGAAAAUAACAAUAAGGAAGAAGAUACACCACCACCUACUAAUUCUGAUUGGUUAAUUUCAUCGCCGUUAUUCACACCUUCAUCACCACUAACUCCAUCUUCUUACUCACCACCACAGACAUCACUUCACAGUUAUCAUCAAAGGCAUAAAUCAUUUGAUAGCGUUAAUAAUAAGAAGAACCAAAGAGAUGCUAAACAUGUGUUGACACCACCAGUUCCACAGAUUAAAUCAUUACGAGAUUCUUUCGAACAAAUUUAUGCGGCAGCAAAUGAAUUGGUAUUUGAAUCACCUAUCACAUACAUUCCUCCUCCUCAUUCAACUGUAGAUGAUAAUAGUUUAACAUGGAGUAGUUUAACAAGAAAGCAAGUAGAUAUGUUGUUACAAGAAGAAAUGAAUCGUGAAAUAGACAUUGGUAUAAUAAUGAAACAACAACAAGAUGGCAGUAGUGAUUUAGAGGGUCGUAAGAAAUCCAAAAAGUCCAAACAAAUGAUGAAUUUCUUCAAAUCACUCAAAAACGCAUUCCAUAGUCCUACAUCCUCUACUUGUGUUUCACCAACCGGCUCGCCAACAAAUUCUUUAGUUCAACCAAGUCCUGUACGCAAUACUCAUCUACCAAGACCACAAAUGCCAGAAAAAACUCGUACUCUGUCAUUUGACUCUAAUGCAUUCUCAUUGUCUCGUCGUAGUUCAUUUGUGUCAAUGAGAGGAGAUAAAGAUACUUUGCAUAGUACUAGCCUAAUGAAUCAUAGUUCAUCUGUGAUAAUUACUAACAGCAAUCAUGGUGGUGGUGGUAUAACGUCAGGGUUCUCAAUCCCACAUGAUUAUAUACUAUGUCGUAUAUGUGAAGAGAUGAUUCAUAGUCAUGAAUUGGAUGCUCACUCGAGAACUUGUGCUAUAACAACAGAAUACGCAUUUAAAUUACAAGAAUGUGAUGGUAGAUUACGUAGAUUGAUUAAUGAUAUGACCAAAAAAAAAUCAGAGAUCAUGAAAGGAGAAAAAAACCUCCCCUUCCAAGAUUAUUCCAAUAUCUCUAAUAUUAAAGAUGCAGAAAUGAUGGAAGGCUAUGGCAAAAAAGCUGCUAAUAUUAAAGAAACCGCAAAUAGACGUGAUGCUAUGAGAAAAAUAGAAAAAUAUGCAAGCAAGCUGGGAAGACUUGUCGAAGAAAUGGAAAAGAAUGCCACAAGAGAUGAAAAUAUUUUAACAUAUGGUAAACGUUUAUUACAUGUUGUUAAGGAGAAACAUGAUACAUUUCAAUCCUAUCAUCAAAAAUUACCCAUUUCAUCAACUGAUAAAGAAAAUAGCAGUUAUAAUAAUAGUUUAAAAGUCUCUCAAAAAAUUUCAAGAAAACAAUCAAUCUCAAGCCGUAUGCUAUCAACGUCUGCAUCAAACAAAUCAUCAAAUAGUUUAACAUCCUCUAAAAAUUCACGUAAUAACGGUGGCAUUAGUGGCGGACAAAGAGAGGGUGGUAGUGGUAGUUCUUCAAAUCAUAGAAGACAUGAUAGCAUUGGUUCAAUAUCAUAUGAUUCAGAUAUUACGCCACCACCGCCUCGAGGUGGCAAAAAAUUAAUUUCACUUUUUGCUGCAGUGCUUCGUGGUGGUAAUAGUCGUUCUGGAAAUAAUAAUUUUGAAAUAAUAAAACCAAUUAGUCGAGGUGCUUUCGGAAAAGUAUAUUUAGCACGUAAAAAAACGACAGGAGAUCUUUAUGCCAUCAAAAUUUUAAAGAAAGUUGAUAUGGUUCGAAAAAACAUGGUAAAUCAUGUUUUGGCGGAAAGAAGAGUGCUGAGUUUGUCGAGGACACCAUUUGUUGUGAAACUCUAUUAUGCAUUUCAAAGUCAAGAUUAUUUAUAUUUGGUUAUGGAAUACCUAAUCGGCGGUGAUUUAUCUUCUCUACUUCAAAAUUUUGAACUUUUUGACGAGGAAAUGGCAAGAAUGUACACAGUCGAAGUAAUUCUAGCUCUUGAAUAUCUUCACAAUAAUGGUAUUACACAUCGUGAUCUCAAGCCCGACAACAUGUUGAUUACAUCUGAAGGACAUAUUAAAUUAACAGACUUUGGAUUAUCAAGGAUUUCUAUACCUGAAAAAAGCAAUAUGGCAUUUACAAAAGAGGAUGAGUCAUUGUCGAUUAUAUCAGAUAAAAAAUUGGGUUCAAAGCCUACAAGAACUGGUAGUAUUGAUUCUCGAUCUAGUUCCGUCGUACACUCCAGACCAGUAUCAGCAAUAUUUUCUAACGAGAAUCCAAAACAGCGCAUUAGUCAUGUUAAUUUCAGUUCAUCGAAAUUGUUUGGAAAAAAACAGAAUCGUCAAAGCUCAAAAGCAUUACUGGGUACACCAGACUAUUUGGCACCGGAAUUAUUACUUGGCAUUGGACAUUCUACAGCAGUAGACUGGUGGUCGCUUGGUGUUUGUUUAUUUGAAUUUUUGAUUGGAUAUCCGCCAUUUAAUGACGAUACACCACAAAAAAUAUUUAAAAAUAUUUUAGAUCAUAAGAUACAGUGGCCACCAGAAGAGCUUUUAUCACCACAAGCAAAAGAUCUCAUCACAACACUUUUAAAUCAAGAUCCUGCCAAACGACCAACAGUUGCUGAGAUCAAAGCGCAUCCAUUUUUCCAUGGAAUUGAUUGGGACCAUAUUCGAGAUCAGCCAGCACCAUUUGUUCCAAAUCCGGAAGAUGAACAAGAUACUAGUUAUUUUGAUGCUCGUAAUAACCGUGCAGAUAUUCGUAGAUUAUCAGCUGGUAAUAUUGAAGAAUUCGCGUUAGGUAGGAUGACAGCACCUGGUGAUCGUAGAUCGAUGAUCCUCUCUGACGAUGACAAUAAUGAACAAUCUAACAACAAUAACUGUGUUUAUCCAAUAUCAUCAAGUGUACAACCACCAAAUCUAUUAUUAUCAACAGUCACUGCAAAUUUGAUUGAUAAUAUUUCAUUACAUUCACCAACAUCACCAACAGAGAUUCCAAUUAAACAUCAUCAAAAACGAAGACCAUCACUUUUAAAAUUAACUGCAGGGGGCAAGUCAAGGAAGCAAUCUAUCAGUGGAACCAAUAGCAAUACAUUAAUAUCACCUUCAUAUAAUACACGAUCAAGAAGAUCAACAUUGGUCGGAUCACCUAAAAUGUAUGAUAUGGAGCAGACUAUAGCAUCAGCUUAUGAAGUACACGCAGCAGGAAAUCAAACGAAUCGAAAUGAGACAGAAUUUGAUGCUUUUGUUUAUAAGGGAGUAUCGGUUCUAGGCGAUGUAAAUCGUGAUGUUUUAUCAGGAGGCACUGGUAACAGUAAUAUUUAA